AACAUCAACAGAUAUAACAUCAGAACUUGUGACAUCAACAGAUAUAACAUCAGAACUUGUGACAUCAACAGAUAUAACAUCAAAACCUGUGACAUCAACAUAUAUAACACCAGAACCUGUGACAUCAACAUAUAUAAAAUCGGAACUUGUAAUAUCAACAGGUAUAACAUCAAAACCUGUGAUAUCAAUGGGUGUAACAUCAAAACCUGUGACAUCAACAUAUAUAACAUCAGAACAUGUGACAUCAACACCUAUAACAUCAACAGAUAUAACAUCAGAACUUGUGACAUCAACAGAUAUAACAUCAGAACUUGUGACAUCAACAGAUAUAACAUCAAAACCUGUGACAUCAACAUAUAUAACAUCAGAACCUGUGACAUCAACAUAUAUAACAUCAGAACCUGUGAUAUCAACAUAUAUAACAUCACAACUUUUGACACCAACAAAUAUAACAUCAGAACCUGUAACAUUAACAGAUGUAACAUCAAAACCUGUGACAUCAAUAUAUAUAACAUCAGAACCUCUGACAUCAAGAGAUAUAACAUCAGAACUUGUGAUAUCAACAGAUAUAACAUCAACAGAUAUAACAUCUACACCUGUGACAUCAACAGAUAUAACAUCUACACCUGUGACAUCAACAGAUAUAACAUCAGAACCUGUGACAUCAACAUAUAUAACAUCAUCAACAGACAUAAAAUUAAAAUCUACAGCAUUAACUGAUUCAACAUCAGAAUAUGUUACAUCAACAGGUCUAACAUUAGAACCUGUGACAUCAGUAUAUAAAUCAUUAGAAUCUUUGAAAUCAACAGAUCUAACAUCAGAAUCUGUUACAUCAACAGAUGUUACAUCAGACGUUGUAACAUUAUCAGAUAUGACAUCAGAAUCUGUGAAUUCAACAGACAUAACAUUAGAACCUGUGACAUCAACAUAUAUAACAUCAACAAAUAUCACAUCAUCAUCAGAUUUAACAUCAGAAUCUGUGACAUCAACAGAUAUAAAAUUAGAACCUAUGACAUCAACAGAUAUAACAUCAGAACCUGUGACAUCAACAGAUAUAACCUCAGAACAUGUGACAUCAACAGGUAUAACAUUAGAACUUGUUACAUCAACAUAUAUAACAUCAGAACCCGUAACAUUUACAGAUAUAAUAUCAGAACCCGUAACAUCAACAGAUAUAACAUCAGAACCCAUGACAUCAACAGAUAUAACAUCAGAACCUGUAACAUCAACAGAUAUAACAUCAGAACCCAUAAUAUCAACAGAUAUAACAUCAGAACCCAUGACAUCAACAGAUAUAUCACCAUCAACGAGUGAAGUAAAGAUGACCUCAGUCGUGUAUACCUCUUAUGACGUUUUGAGUUCUGGGAGCCAGAUCUCAACCCCAAUCCUAGUCAGCAGUCUUAGAGGUACACCAGUCAUCACAGUGUCAGUGGGGUCAAGUCUCCUGUCAUUCGGAAUUACACUUCAAGAAGGACUGUCGACAUCUUUGACUGAAAUAUCAAAAACACUGGCCAUUCAGACUUCGACAGGGGAGACAAGCGUGGCAGAAUACAAGGGUACCAUGAAGGUCAUGGACGGUGCUGUUUGGACUCCACCGCUGUCAGAUAAAACUUCAGCUGAGUAUGAAGCACUCAAGCUCAAAAUCAUUGCCUUUCUUCAGAAGAUAUUCCAGAAUGCUAACUUAGCCAAGUACAUAGAUCACAUUGUCAUUAAUGGAUUUAGCCAAGGCAGCAUUAUCGUGGACUUCACAGUUGAUUUUCGAGAGUUACAAGUACUUGAAGUUGACCUUAGAUCAAUGUUCAAUGAUGGCUACCAACAGAUCAGCAAUCCACAGUAUAUAAUUGACACUUCAUAUACAGCAUUUGUAAAAGGCCCACUGACGUCUGGCAUCACGAAGACUCAACAGAACUAUGAUCCUCUCAAUACAGCAACUCAUGUAGAUGAUCCUGAUCCUUUAGGAUCUUCUGCCACUCCCAUCAAAGAUGUGUCAUCAACACUUAAGUCUUCAUCAUUUCAACAGCAGAGUGGAAAGAUUGCUACAUUGUUUGAUACAAGUCAGUCAUCACUUCUUUUAAACAGUGUGUCAUCUCAAUUAAACGUAACGGAACAAACAGGUUGGCAUACCAUACCUGAAUUGACCUCCACUGUUUAUUCAGACACAGCAAAGUUACUGUCAUAUAGUGCCAUAUCCAUGUCUCUAGAUGAAAUGGCAUUCUUGUCUCAAGACACUUUUAGUGUAUCAGAACCAUCUGCCUUUUUGACCACAUCAGAGUCACUUUCAGUAUCAGAAUUACAAAAUGCAGCUAGUAAAUCUUCAUCUGAUAUACACCCAUCUUUAUCUGGUUAUUCAGGACAAAAGACCACAAUGUUUUAUUCAUCUGCAGUGUCUUCAACAUCAUUGUAUGAUGAUAUACACCCUUCAUUUGGUUACUCAGGACAAAAGACAACAGUGUUUUCAUCUGAUGUAUCUUCAACAUCAUUGUAUGAUGAUAUACACCCAUCUUCAUCUGGUUAUUCAGAACAAAAGAUGACAGUGUUUUAUUCAACUGCAGUAUAUUCGACAUUAUUGUACGAUACAAACCAAAACACAAUCACAUUUGACUCAGUUGCCACACAUUUGAUAUCAUCAUCAGAUGAAACAGUCACUUACUAUACAGAUCUGCAAUCCUCUACUGACAACUCUAAAGUCAGCUCAGAUUUGAUGUCUCUCAAUUCAGUUUCAUUGUAUGUUGACAUGUAUGACAGUGUAUCUUCUGUCAUAUCCACCAUUGGACUUGAAACAUCUUUCUCAAGCACCGCGUCUGUGUCUCUAGAUCUGGCUUGUGAAGUAUCUGUGUCCACGUGUGCCAAUAUGACUGUCAGAAUGCAGAAGACAGAAAUUACAAGCUUACUACCAUUAAUAACAUCAUCUGCUUCGAGUUUGCAUAUAGUAUGGCCAUCUGAAACCAUGGAUUCAGUUUUUCAUACACAGAUGGUUUCACUACUAGCAGAUGAUGGUUACCAAGCACAGACAACUCCAUUAUUAGACAGUGACAUUUACAAGACACUGACACAUUCAGUAGCAGAAGAUGACAUUAUGCCAUCAAGAACAGCCAUAUCUUUAUUGUGGAAAACAAGUAAUUAUGAACCUUACUCUAAUGUCAGCUUUCAUACUGCUGUCUCCACUGAUUAUGAAACCAGACUAAUAAAGAUGGUGAUAUCUAGUGUCUACAGCAGCAAUGUUAUGGUGAAGCCUACUGCAUCAGAGUCUGCACUUGCCGAGUCUAGUGUCUACAGCAGCAAUGUUAUCAACAUGGUGAGGCCUACUGCAUUAGAGUCUGUAUUUGCUGAAUCUAGUGUCUACAGCAGCAAUGUUGUUAUGGUGAAGCCUACUGCAUUAGAGUCUGUAUUUGCUGAAUCUAGUGUCUACAGCAACAAUCUAAUGAUGAAGCCUACUGCAUUAGAAUCCGUAUUUGCUGAAGCUAGUGUCUACAGCAGCAAUGUUAUGAUGAACCCUACUGCAUUAGAGUCUGUAUUUGCUGAAUCUAGUGUCUACAGUAACAAUGUUGUUAUGGCGAAGCCUACUGCAUUAGAGUCUGUAUUUGCUGAAUCUAGUGUCUACAGCAGCAAUGUUGUUAUGGUGAAGCCUACUGCAUUAGAGUCUGUAUUUGCUGAAUCUAGUGUCUACAGCAGCAAUGUUGUUUUGGUGAAGCCUACUGCAUUAGAGUCUGUAUUUGCUGAAUCUAGUGUCUACAGCAGCAAUGUUGUUAUGGUGAAGCCUACUGCAUUAGAGUCUGUAUUUGCUGAAUCUAGUGUCUACAGCAGCAAUGUUGUUAUGGUGAAGCCUACUGCAUUAGAAUCCGUAUUUGCUGAAUCUAGUGUCUACUACACAAAUGUUACCAACACAGUGAAGCCUACUGCAUUGGCAUCUGCUCUUGCUGAGUCUAGUAUUUACAACAGCAAUGUUAAGGUGAAACCUUCUGCAUUAUCGUCUGAAUUUGCUUACUCUAUUGGCUACUACACCAGUGAUACCAAUACAGUAACGCCAACUGCAUUAGAUUAUCUACUUGAUGACACUCGUGUUUCCCACACAAAUUCUGCUGCCUUAGAAUCUGUACUACCUGAUUCUAGUAUUUACUACACCAGUGUUACACUGAAACCUAUAUUAGAGUCUAUACUGUUCAAAGCAACAUUAACCACAGACAUGAUAUCUUCUGAUGCGCUGCUUUCCCCAUCAUACUCGGACAUCAGUUUACUCAGUUUUGAAACAUCUUCUCUGGACACAGUUGAGACAUCCAGCAUGUUGUCUUAUUUUGUUGGUGGUUUGUCAACAGAAGUGUUGUUUAUUGAUAGUUUGAGUGCUGUGUCCUUGUCAGAAAGAAUCCUAGAGCCUUCCUCCAGUUUUACUGCACCAUGUAGUGUGAGCAGCAACCAGACUUGUGUUCAUCAGUCAUUGUUUCUUACUCUGGAUAUAGAAGUGUCAUCUCCAGCAUCAUCCACAGGCGAGUCUUCAUCACUUUAUAUAGAGAUGUGCAACAUGAACCCAUGUCCCCAACAUUCAUAUUGUCUAAGUACGUCUGGGUCCUAUCUUUGUGAAUGUCAUCCCGGAUACCAUAUGGUGGAUUCACUCUGUAAAGAUGUGAAUGAAUGUGACACAGCUCCCUGCCCACAACAUUCCGUCUGCACCAACACAGAGGGCAGCUUCAACUGCAGUUGUAAACCAGGAUUUGUAGAGGACGAUAUAGGCUGUAAAGAUGUGAAUGAAUGCAGUUCCAGUCCUUGUCCCACCAGUGCCGGCUGUGUGAAUACUGCAGGGACUUUCUACUGUAUGUGUCUGCCCGGAUUUACUGAAUAUCAAGGAGCAUGUCACGAUAUCAACGAGUGUUUGAUUGACAAGUGCCAUGCCCAUUCUACAUGUUUGAACAAUGAAGGAAGCUACACUUGUUCCUGUGUAUCAGGCUAUAUUGAAGAAAAUGGUCUUUGUCAUGACUUCGAUGAAUGUGAGUCAGGACCAUGUCCUCCAUCAGCUGUCUGUUUCAACAAUGAUGGCAGUUACUCGUGUACCUGCUUUCUUGGCUAUCAGAUGGAUCAGGGGUCUUGUACUGACAUAGAUGAAUGCAGGUCUGACGUGUGCGGACAAAACUCGCUGUGUGUUAACACUGCUGGAAGCUACUCGUGUGUGUGUCGGAGUGGAUUUGUUGAACUUGAUGGUGUUUGUAAAGAUGUCAAUGAAUGUCUGGAUAAUCCGUGUGGUGAAAAUGCAGUGUGUUUGAAUUCUGAUGCAAGUUUCACCUGCCAGUGUCUAAAUGGGUUUAGAAAUGACAGUGGAGUUUGUCAAGACAUUAAUGAAUGUGCAGACAUAGAUUUAUGUGGACAAUAUUCUGUAUGCAACAACAUGCCAGGAAGCUACCAGUGCCACUGUGAAUCUGGAUUUGAACUCGUUAGUGGCACCUGUACAGACGAGAAUGAAUGCAAAUCAUCGCCAUGUUCUGAGAAUUCCAUGUGUGUGAAUGUACCAGGCAGUUUCUCAUGUCUUUGUGACAAGGGCUACUUCUUAACCGAACCUCUCACCUGUACAGAAUGUAAAGUGUUCAAUGCAUCACUGUCUGUAAACAAAAUAGGAAGCAUUGUGAUGACAUAUUCGUCACAGUAUGAUGAUAUGGAGUCUCCGGCAGCAGCCAAUUUGUCAUUACUCGUCACAGAGGCUGUCACCAAGGUGCUUACUGUUUCACUUGGAAAUCUCGCAUAUGGUUCCAGCAUGCAACAGUUUCGUCCUGGUAGCGUUGUGGCUGAUGUCACACUGUUUAUGAACAUCAGUUACACUGGCGAUGUGGCUGAUCUGAUGUUGCUGAUUCUGGCAGACAAUGCUUCAUUCACCAGCAUGAACAUAUUUCUAGAUAACAACAACACAGUUGUAACAGACAUUGAUGAGUGUUCUGAUCCAUCAUGGAAUGACUGUUCCCCGGAUGCUGACUGCGACAACCUGAUUGGAACCUACACAUGUUCCUGUAGACUGCAGUUCACAGACUACUCACCACAACCAAACAAACCAGGCAGGAUAUGUGUUGCUAUCAGUGAAAAUGCUCAAGACCUCAUCCAUGGAGUUUCAGUUAGCAUUACAGAAAAUUGCUUUCCAGCUUCAGAAAGUGUCAACUUUACACUCUGGUUGACCAGAGGCUCACACGUAACCUAUGUGGUUGACUACGGCGACGGUUCCACUUCAACAACCAAACACAACAUUCCCAUUGCAUUUCUACAACCAAUUACAUUUGAACAUGCAUUUCUCACCCCAGAUAUCUAUAAUGUGACAGUGACCAUCUUCAAUGAUGUUAGUAGUGCUGAAGCACAGACUGAUGUCUGUAUUGAACACACUAUACAUAAUUUAUAUCUGCAAGUGGACGAUGGUUUGGAUGAAUUCACUAGAAUAUUCACACUUUCUGUAUCUGAUGCAUCAUUUGUUCUGACAGAAUUAUUCUGUUUGUACAGUUUUGGAGAUGGCCAGACUGAAAGAGUAAACAUUUCCCAUCUUUCUUUUAGUAACCAUACUUCUACACAACACAGUUACUAUAUUGGGGAUUACACAUUUGAAGUGAUUUGUUCCAACAAAGUCAGUUCGCAGAAACUAGAGUCAGACGUUGAUGUAGCUGAAGAAAUUGAUGGCCUGAACAUCUCUGUCAGUGUGUCGGUCACACGACCAUCACAGUCCUUUGUUUUGUCUGUAUACUUACUGAAAGGAUCCAAUGUUACACUGCUCAUAGACAUGGGGGAUGGACAGAACAACAUGCACCGUAUUGAAAACCACAGAACAGGACCAACUUCAUUUACAAAACUGCAGAGGUACAACUCGACGGGGCAUUACAGUGUAGUGGUAAUUGCCAGGAACACUAAAAGUGUUGUGAAAGCUGAUCCUGUGAAUAUCACUGUUCUGUAUGACGUGAAGGAUCUCUCGGUUAGUGUGGAGAGUCCACUUCCUACUCCACCUGGUAACAUUAGAGUCCAAGUUACGUACUCUUAUAUCAGCUUCCCUCCAACCUUCGUGACUUGCAGAGCGCUGGUUAUUAACAGUGAUGUCAGCCGAGUCACUUAUGCAGACAAAAUAUCUGUCAACAACAAUAUGAAAUUUGUGAUGCUAUGGCACAAUUCCAGUAAUGUUGGUUGGCACACUUUGACAAUGAAUUGCUCCAAUCUCAUCAGUCAUCAAGUAAUACAAACAGUCUUUGUUAUCCAGGCAGCGAUUGUCUCUCCAUACAUAAAUGUAGACAAGCCAUACACCGUUGUUGGGGAUUCCAUCAAAUUCCAGUUAGGUUUAACAUUUGGUAGUCAUGCCAGUUUUUUUGUUCACUUUGGUGACAACACUACCAUGGAAGGAUCAUUCUCAGAACUUCUCAUUAUGAAUAAACAUAUGAAUGUUCCACAUGCUUACAACGACAUCGGCUUCUACACAGCCACACUGACAGUGUUCAAUGAUGUAUCAUCAGCAGCGUCUCAACUGCUGAUUGGUGUACUGGAAGAAGUCAAAGGUCUUCAAGUUAAAAUCAACUACAGGCUUCUGGAUGACUCUGAUGUGCUUACCCCGGGACAUGGAGAGAACACAGAUGUGUUUCCUCUCGAAAGACCAAUAAUAUUCCAUGUACGUGUGCUGUCGGGUAAUGGACUGACAUAUCACUGGAGGUUUGGUAAUGGCAGUUUAAUUAGGACCGAUUCGUCUGUAAUUGAACACAAGUUUGACAAAGAAGGCAUUAGUCAUAUUUCUGUUAAUGGAUCAAAUGCAUUGUUUUUCGAUGUGAGGGUGUUCAGUAUGAAUUUAUAUCAAACAGUGUUGAUGCAUAGACUAGAAAAUGAUGGCCCUGCAGAAGCCUAUAGAGAAAUGACAUUCUCCCUUAGUCUGAACCGUCCUGGUACACUAACAUGUUUCACAUGGAAUAUGGGAGAUAACUCUCCACUGGUGGUGUACGGACAGAAUCACUGCAAAGAUAACAUUAAUGUGUCCAGCGUUUGGCACCCCUGGUCAUCAAGUUCUCUUCUGACUCACACACAUGUGUACCACACAAAUCGGACCUUUUCAGUUUCCAUAACUGGAGUUAAUAUCGUUUCCAUGGCAACAGAGACUGGCGUGGCGGUGGUGAGUGACGUUGCAUGCCACUACCCUGUGGUCCACAUCAUAGGAGGUGGGCAGCAGGCAGACGUGCCUGUGAAAAAAUUCAGAUCGGAGAAGAUUAUUUUAGAGAGUAGUGUGGACAUCGAUUGUGAAGUGUCGUCAGAAGCCAAUUAUGUCUGGUCUGUGUCAAAAGUCUUUAGAGAUAGUAACAUCUUGGAUUACAAGUUCAGACCAUAUGAUGUUGAUGCAUUUUCAUCUGGCUUGUUUAAAAUCCUGUUUCACCCCCGGACAUUCACUCCUGGUGAGUACAAAAUCACUCUGAAUGUGUCCAUGAAAGGAAUUCCCGGUCUGUUUCACACCGACUUCACCUACCUUGGUAUUCAGUCCACACCGCUGGUAGCCAGGAUCACCGGAGGAUCUGCUUGGUCUGUUGGCUAUGACAGUCUGCUCAUUCUUGAUGGACUGACCGAAAGUUACGAUCCAGAUGCUGGUGAUGGAUUUUCAAAGAAAAACAUGACUUUCACCUGGUACUGCAGGCAGGAAGGAGCAUCAUUUGAUGACAUAGCAGAUUCUAUGAUAACCAUUCCUUCUAUCGACAAUGAAACAAACUCUUUGUGGAAUUCUACGGGUGUGUGUUUUGGUGGUGGUGGAGGUCGAAUAGAGACUAGUGAUGCCAUAUUGAAAAUAAACACCAGACUCUUAGGUCUUGGAUCAAGGAGUGUAUUCAGGAUGGAAGUGAGGAAAGGGUCGAGGAUAACUUUCUUUGAUCAGACGACGGUUGUAGUACCUGGAGAUCCUCCUCACUUUCAGGUCAAGUGUUUGGUGAACUGCCACAUCAAGGUGAAUCCAUCUGAUCAGUUCAGCAUGCUUGGUAUAUGUGCACAAUGUCAUCCACUGGACAGCAUAAACUACACAUGGGGUCUGACCAUCAAAAAUGGAACCAGCGGCCAUUUUGAAUUGGUGCUUGACCUUGAGAGUAUGUUGAUGUCUGGAUUCAGGUCACCCAGUGUGGUGUUCCUGCCCAACACUCUAACUGGCGGCCAGAUUUACCGAUUACGGCUGGAUGCAAGAGUACAUGGAUUUGCACCAAGUUUGACAGAAUAUGAAUUUAUUACAAACCUUCCUCCUUACGGUGGCUCAUGUGAAGUUGAACCAACCAGUGGUUAUGCCUUGGACACAAGAUUUGAAAUAAAGUGCCAACAAUGGCUGGAUCCUGGCCAGGAGGAAUCACUGGGUGAGGGGCUUCUGUACCGGUUCUGGUCCACACCCCGUGGAGGCAGUCAGGCACAGCUGUUGUACUACGGGACUGAUCCAUACACACCCCAGGUACAGUUUCCCCUGGGCCAUCCCGAGCAUGACUAUAUGUUUGAUGUCAGAGUGCAGAUAGCCAACCCAAUAGGAGAGUCGGCUGACGCAUGGAUUCAACUACAGAUUAAGCCUCCUCCUGUUCUAAAGAGCAUGGAUGUGUAUCUGAACAUGACCUCGGGCACUUCGAGUGAACUCCAUCAGAUGCUGUUGUCUGGUAGGGACCAAGAAGCCAAACAAAUGGCUGUGGCUGUAGCCUCUCUUCUAGGACAAACCGACAAUGAAACAAGAUCAGUCAAUAUCACCGAAUCCGUGCAGAAGACAGAAGCAGAAUUAAAAGAGAUUGAAGCAACCAUGGAGGAUGACCGUUUGAAGCGUGUUGAGCUUCGGACAACCAUUGUGAAUAUUCUGGCAGAAACAGAUUCUUUAACUAUCGACUCGGUUCAGCAGACGGCGCUGGCAUUUCGAGUCAUCACGGAGCAGACGGAUGAGUUGUCAGACUUGACACAGAAUGUUACCAUUUCAAAAAUGACUGAUAUGGCAGAGUCAUUCAAGUCAAUUAAAAAGGAUUCCAAAAGAAUAUCAGUUGAACAGGAAAAGGAAGCUGCAAAAGAUAUAAUUGCCAGUGUUAGCAACAUCGUUGUGUCUGUUGUGAACAACGUGAAGAAGCAGGGACAAAAUACUGGUUCAAGUGGUUCUGACAUCCUAGAUGAAGAUCAAGAGACCACUGACUACCGACAGGAACGUGUUCUAAUCACAGAAGCACUUUCUGUGACAGACGACAUUGUGAAGACGAUGCUGAAACACCAGGCUCCAGGACACAAUGCGCUGGUGUUUGAUAACAAUCUGUUGACAGUGCAGGCAGAGAAGAAGGAGGCUUCCAACCUGAGCAACUCGGUGGUGUCUGGGUCAGUGGGGUCGUUCACCAUCCCUCCACUGCAGACCUUCAUUACAGACAACUACUCGUCACAGUUCAUAGAUCUCAAACUCAUGACAUUCAAAACAAACCCGUACCUCCUGGACGAGAGUGUUAAAAGGGUUAAUUCACCAGUUGUUUCUCUAAACCUGUACAACUCGGAUGGAUCCGACAUUCUGUUGCAGAACCUUUCUGAGCCUUUCACCAUCAGCAUUGACACGCCCGAUCUCUCAUCCACCGACGUCAAGAUCGUCCAGCAGUCACUGAACUGGAAGCUGAACAUGAUCUACCACUCAUGGAAUCGAACCACCACUGCUGCUUCUGGCACUACUGCUGUUGCUGUUGCUGCUGCUGAAGCUCUAUCCAUCACCGUUGAUAUUGUCUCAUCUGACAUAGAGGCUGUUGAUGUGUUUGUCAGAAAAGGGGAUUAUCCAUCAGAAACUGUUUUUGAUUAUCACCAGAGUGUUGAACUAACAAACAUUACAGAAGAUGAUAAGACUCUUGUUUUGUUUCUUAAUGACUCACUCAUGCAGACCCUGGGCUUGGGAACAUUUUACAUUGGGUUUAAAGAACAAGUAAACCAGUCUGACAUUCCUCCGGACUACAGUGACUACUACGAGAGCGAGCAGACAUUGUCUGGUACAACACUCCGCUACAACAUCUCUUUUACGGCCUUCAGCUGCCUCUUCUGGGACGAGACACAAGGAAAGUGGCUGUCUGAUGGCUGUAAUGUGAGUCCUCAGUCUACACCUUCAGGCAUCAAGUGUCUGUGCAACCAUCUCACCUCGUUUGGUGCCGGUGUGUUUUCACCACCCAAUCAGAUCGACUUUAACACAGUGUUUGACAACACUGCUGGUAAACUACUGGAUAACAGUGCAGUCCUGGUCACACUGUGUGUCAUCGUAUUUCUCUAUCUCGUCGGGCUCGUCUGGACCAGGCGGAUGGACAAGAAAGAUGUGGAGAAGUGGGGUGUAGUCCCACUAGCCGAUAACGUAACAACUGACAAAUACUUCUAUAUCAUCUCGGUCUUCACGGGCAUGCGCAGUAAAGCUGGUACCCAUUCCAAAGUCAGCUUUAUUCUUUCUGGUGAAGCUGAUGACACCGGAGUAAGAUGUCUAGCUGACGAAAAUGGGAAAAAGGUUCUGAGUCGUGGGAGUGUUCAGCAGUUUGUUCUCAGUGUUCAUGCAUGCCUGGGUCCUCUUAUUUUUCUGAGAAUCUGGCACGAUAACUCGGGAAAGGGGAAUCACCAAGGCUGGUACCUCAGCAAAGUGGUCGUGUCAGACGUACAGACUGGAGCUAGUUUCUUCUUCCUGUGUAACCAGUGGCUUGCAGUCGAGGAAGGUGAUGGAAUGAUUGACAGGAUCCUACCAGUGGCUGGUUCCAGUGACAUCACCACAUUCAACCACCUCUUCUUUUCACAGACAAAGAAAUCUCUCACAGACUCCCACCUGUGGAUUUCGGUCAUAUCUCGCCCCCAGAGGAGCAACUUCAGCCGAGUUCAGCGCCUGUCCUGCAUACUGUCCCUGCUGCUGACAACUAUGCUGGCAGAUGCCAUGUUCUACCGAUCUCAGACCGAGAUUAACAUGAACUACACCCUCACUCUGGGACCUUUACAGUUUUCUCUCAAUUCUCUCUACGUCAGUUUUGUCAGCUGCAUCAUCGUCCUGCCAUAUAACAUUGCUAUUGAUCAGAUAUUUCGCAGAAGUAAGCCUAAAAUAUCCACCAAGAUUGACAAUGGUUUCCUUGCUACAAAUAUUAAGUCAAAUAGCGAGUUGAAACCUUCAGUGGACUACAAAACAGAUGGUCAGUCUGCUCGGCAGACAGCAGCAAAAUCACCAGACCCAUCUGUGAAUUCUCUGUCAGGAAUCGGCUUCAGGGACAAAGAUGACAUGUUGCCAUUGGCUUCCUCCACAGGAAGACAUAAGAAGACAAGCAGACGGCUUCCUCACUGGUGUGUCUACGUGGCCUGGUUCAUGAUCCUGAUCAGUGUCGGAGUCUCCUCAUUCUUCACAUUCUCAUACAGCAUGCAAUGGGGUAAAGACAAGUCCAAUGCAUGGCUGACGGCAAUGGUGCUCUCUGUGGGAGAGUCUGUACUUCUGAUCCAGCCAUUUAAAAUUAUCAUUUUGGCUAUCCUGUUAGCCUGGGUAGUGAAGAAACCAGAUUUGGAUGAGAUAGUCACAGAAGAAGAUAUCCAUAUCAACCUUCUGAAGGCUGACGAGGAACUCACGCACACAAGGCCCACUACAGCCCUCCGGCCUGUGAUUGCUGUUCCUCCAGUUGACAGAGGGAAUUUGGCCACUGCCAGGGAGUACCGCCUGAAAGAGAUACAGAUGUUCUCCGUCAUCAAGGAAGUUCUCUUCUACCUCUUCUUUCUUGCCAUGCUGGCCCUGGUGUCCAUCCACAACAGAGACUCGAGUGUGUACUUCGCUAAACAAAACAUUAUAAACAUGAUAUCAGCCAAGUCAUGGAAAAAGAUAAACAACACUGAUGAUCUCUGGAACUGGAUGGCUGGCCGCGUUCUUCAAAGUCUGUACGUGACGAGGGACGAUGCUAACAGAACCAUUGACACCGACACGGGGCGGGCGGUGGGUAACAUGGCGGGCUACAGAGUGGGUCCCGUCAGGAUGAGGCAACACAGAGUGCGCCCCGACAGAUGUUUGCUUCACCCACUGUUUGGUCAUGGUAUAAACCACUGCACAGUAGAAUGGUCCUGGGAUACCAUGGAUACAAAAACGUACAACAAGGGCUGGACAACUCUCAAACAUAACUUGACAUCGCGCAAGUCACGAAACUGGCCCUGGCUUUACCUCACCGACGAAUACACCAAUGGAAUCCCAUACACAGGGAGACUGGGAUCAUACCCUAGUGGUGGCUACAUCCAAGACCUCAUUGGUGGUAGACAGAGGGUUAUGACAGCCUUCCAGAGUCUGAGAAACAAUCAGUGGAUUGAUGAGUACACCCGAGCGGUGUUCGUCGAGUUUAAUUUGUACAACCCAAACAUCAACAAGUUCUCGACAGUCCUCAUCUGCGUAGAACUCCAUCCAGUUGGUCUGUUUGUCACCAACAUCCUGGUGAGGACCAUGACUCUGUUUCCUUACCUCGGGGCAUACGGGAUUGUCGUGGCUCUGACUGAUGCAUGCUGUGCUGUGUGCGUCUCAUAUUUAAUGGUCAGAGAGAUGAAGAAACUCGUCAAACAGAGGUGCAGCUAUUUCCGAGAGUUCUGGAACACACUGCAGUUUGCCUUGCUCUUAGCAUCCAUCAUUGCACUGGCCAUGUACAUUGGGCGGUAUGUUUUAACAGAGUACAUGAUCAGAAAAGUUGUAAAACUAAGAGAUAAAUUCCACAACUUCCAGAGACUUGCAUUGUGGGAGGAACUGUUCUCUUACCUGCUAGCCAUGGUCAUGUUCACGUCCAUCCUCAAGAUGAUCCACCUGCUUCGCUUCAACAAACGGAUAACAGUGCUGGCCGCAACGUUCCGCAUGGCCGCCCAUGAACUCCGCGCCUUCAGCGUCAUCUUCAUUGUCUUUCUGAUGGCGUUUGCCAGCGCCAGCUACACUGCGUUCGGCCGGCAGGUCCAGGGAUACCGGAGUCUGCUGCACACUCUUGAGUCCCUGCUGUCAUUUGCCCUGGGGGAGUACCAGUACCAGGAGCUGUACAGGGUGAACCGGAUCGUCGGUCCGGUCUUCUUCAUUGCGUACAUCAUCUUCAUUAUCCUCAUCCUCAUUAACAUAUUCGUGGCGAUUCUCAACGACUCAUUUGCGGUGGUUCGAUUGAACAUAACAAAGAUUCCCAAUGACUACGAGAUUGUGAGGUUCAUCUGGACGAGAGUCAAACAGUGGUCCGGGAUAGAUCUGUCCAGGUUUAUGGACGAUUUGGAAAACAAGUACUCCACAAAGUCCAGCAAAGAAGGAGCAGAUUCACCAUCCCCAUCAAGAUCUCUGGAAGCUGAACCUGAGUCCACCCUGCACCCCGACUCCACCCUGCCACCCCCUGACUCCACCCUGCCACCGGUGGAGUAUCCAGCUGGUCCGGACUCGUACUCAAGUAGCAUGGUGAGGAUGCACUACAUGUUGAGAAGCCUGGACAAGAUGGUGGACAGGAUGGCGCGGUCCUCCAUGGGCGGACUGAAGGAUCUGCAGAUUCUACACGAGUGUCCUCUCGAGUACAAGCUCGAAUACCUCGGCUUCGAGUUUCCUCAACUACACAAGAAAUAAUGAUAUGAACCUUAUUUUCGACUUUCCUCAACUCUCUUUACACAAAAAAUAAAUGUUAUCAACAUCAACUUCAAGUCUCUGCAAAUCACAAGAAAUAGACUAUGAACCUUGGUUUCGAGUGCUCUCAACUCUCCUUACCCAAGAAGCAGACGUUAUCAACAUCAACUUGAAGUUCCCUUAACUCUCUUUACACCAAAAAUAGACAUUAGGAACCUCAACUUGGAAUUCACUUAACUCUCCUUACACAAAAAGUAGAUGUUAUAAACCUUGAAGUUUGAGUUCCUUUAACUCUUACUAAAAAGUAGAAUAUUAACCUCGACUUGAAGUUCCCCCAAAUCUUAUUUUCACAAACAAAAGACCGAACUUCAGUUUCAAGUUUCCUUAUAAAAGAAAUAGACUAUAAUUUCUAAUUGAAAUGUGAUACAUAGUUAAACACAAGAGAUAAAAUGAUUAUUCAAAAGCUGAAAACUCUAUCCCAUGCUAAAAUCCAUGUAAGAUUCAUUACAUGAAAAGAAAAGGUAUAAAAAUUAUAUUUUUAAAACAAUUAUAUCCCUGAUACAUAUAUGUGUUUAUUUCUUUAUUAUAGCUUUGUGCAUAUUUCAAAAUCUGGUGUCAGAAGGGUUUGUAUAUGAUUAAACAUGUCUGAUAAUUUGUUUAAAUGAUUACACUUUACUUUCAAAUUAGUUUCAUGAAUUUCAUAUAGGACACACAUUCAUGUAAUUAUUUGUACUCUAAUAUAAGAUGAGAAAAUUAAUUUGUAAAUUCUGUGAUGUCAUAAACAUGAAUUAUUAAGUGUCUAUCAGUUGCAAGUUAGGUGGAAUAUUAUUUUGUGUUAUGUGUAUACAAUGUGUAGUAAUAAUUGUAAAUAUUGCUUUAGUUUGUUAAUUUGUGUCUUGUGAUGAUUGUCUUGAUAAUGAUUGAUGUUGAUGUGAUUACGCACUUUCCGGCAAUACUAAUAGUCAAACAUUUCUUGGUGAUAGUGACACAGCUAUGGAGGUUCUGAAAGUCUAUCUCUCUCCUUGACAUGUGGCAGCUGCAGACCAUUGCGGCAAUUUGGGGUUCUCAAAGGUGGAUCCAGUGGGGACCAGGGGAUCCAUUCCCUAAACAAAUUCAAAUGCCUCUUCUCUCUUUUAUCCUCACAUUUCCUGGAACCAGACCUGGUUCUACUACAUAAUUUAACCACACAUUUAAAAUUAUAGGGUUUCAAAAGUGUCCUCUGCCUCACGCUGAACAAUUAUAACAACAUGUAGCUAUCCUAUUGCCAACUACUUCCAAAUGUUAUGUGUUUACCCAAAAUUAGAGAGAAAAAAAAGGCAUCAAAAACUAAAUUCAGUGUACAUUAAGUAUGGUAAUUGAAGAAGGCCAAUAUCAGAUGUGAUACAGAUGCCAUGUGGUUAUGAGACAUGUGAUAGAUGUAUGACAAAUUUAACAUAAGGAUGCAUUCCAUAAACUAUCAUGUAUGUAUAUUUACUGUUGCUGCUGUUAUUACUACUGUUGCUGCUGCCAUUGUAUAAGCAAACAUUUACAAGUGUUAUAGUUAAGUUUGUGACAAAUCUGAAAUAAAGAUGCAUUUCAUAAA